CAUGCUUUCAUAGAUACAAGAAGCUAUGAGCGCCUGAAAAGAAAGUUCUGCUUCAUGCAGCCUCUCCCACAGGAUUUCCAGCAGAAUCAAUGGGGAAGCCCUGUUGUUUCAUUUGUUUUUCUAGUAGAGUGCUCACAUCAAUGUCCAUUAAGCAAGUUUUUUUCCCCAGGGUUUUUUUGGGGGUGGGGUGGUUGUUGUUUUUUGUCCUCUCUUGUGCUUUGACCACUUGUUGUUCUCAUUUCCAGGCAGUGAUGUGAAUGGGAAUGAAGGAAGUGAAUGUCUUGGGUGUGAGAGAAGCUUCAGCUGUAAGCCAAACCUUGAUCUUCACAGGAGAACUCAUAUAGAAGAGAAAUCACUUAAGGAUGGUGAAAAUAGAAACAUGGACAGUUAUAGAAAAAACCUAAUUUCUCAUGAAAUAUCUGAAAAAGCAAUGAAAGCAUUUAAAUGUUUGAAAAGUGGCAAGAGUUUAAGAUGUAGCUCACAGCUUAUGUCACACCCAAGAUUACACUCAGGGGAGAAAUCCUUAAUAGGCUUGGACAGUGGAAAGAGCCCAAGUCAGAAGACACAGCAGAGUUGCCAGGAAGCAGGACAUAGAGGUAUGAAACCUCUCAAAUGUGUGGAGUGUGGAAAGAGCUUCAAUCAGAAGAGAAGCCUCAUUUAUCAUCAAACAAUUCACACAGGGGAGAAACCAUUUAAGUGUUUGGAGUGUGGAAAGAGCUUCAGACAGAAGAGAAGCCUCAUGUAUCAUCAAGCAACUCACACAGGGGAGAAGCCCUUUAAAUGCUUGGAGUGUGGAAAGAGCUUUAGCCGGAAGUCAAAGUUCAUUCAUCAUCAAGCAGUUCAUACAGCAGAGAUACCAUUUCAAUGCUUGGAGUGUGGUAAAAGCUUCAGACAGAAGGCAAGCCUCAUUCGUCAUCAAGCAGCUCACACAGGGGAGAAACCAUUUAAGUGUUUGGAAUGUGGAAAGAGAUUCCUUUGGAAGAUAAGCCUGAUUUAUCAUCAAACAACUCACACAGGAGAGAAGCCAUUUAAAUGCUUGGAGUGUGGAAAGAGUUUCCCUUGGAAGAUAACUCUCAUUCAGCAUCAAGCAAUUCACACAGGAGAGAAACCAUUGAAAUGCUUGGAGUGUGGAAAGGGCUUCAGGAAGAAGUCAAACCUCACUGAUCAUCAAGCAGUUCACACAGGAGUAAAACCAUUUAAAUGCUUGGAAUGUGAAAAGAAAUUCAGUCGAAAGGCAUACCUCACCCGUCAUCAAAGAACCCACACGGGGGCGAAACAUUUUAAAUGCUUGGAGUGUGGAAAAAGCUUUAGCCAGAACCUAAGCCUCAUUUGUGAUCAAGCAUCUCACACAGGGGAGAAAUCUGUUAAAUGCUUGGAGUGUGGAAAAAGCUCCCCUAGGAAGAUAAGCCUCUUUCAUCAUCAAACAAUUCACACAGGAGAGAAGCCAUUUAAAUCUUUGGAGUGUGGAAAGGGCUUCACACAGAAGUCACAACUCAUUGAUCAUCAAGCAGUUCACACGGGAGCAAAAAUGUUUAAAUGCCUAGAAUGUGGAAAGAAAUUCAGUCGAAAGGAACGCCUCACCUGUCAUGAAAGAACCCACACAGGGAAGAAUCUUUUUAAAUGCCUGGAAUGUGAGAAGCAAUUCAGUCGAAAGGACCAUCUCACCCGUCAUCAAAUAACCCACACAGGGGAGAAACCUUUUAAAUGCUUGGAGUGUGGAAAGAGCUUUAGCCACAAGUCAAGCCUCAUUUAUCAUCAAGCAGCUCACUCAGAGGAGAAACCCUUUAAAUGCUUGGAGUGUGAAAAGAGCUUUAGCCAGAAAAAAAGCCUCAUUCGUCAUCAAGCAGUUCACACGGAGGAGAAACCUUUUAAAUGCUUGGAGUGUGGAAACAGCUUUAGCCACAGGUCAAGCCUCAUUCGUCAUCAAGCAGCUCACAUAGCAGGAAAACCAUUUCAGUGCUUGGAGUGUGGCACAAGCUUCAGCCGGAAGUCAAAUCUCAUUCAUCAUCAAGCAACUCAUACAACGGAGAAAGCUUAUAAAUGCUUGGAGUGUGGAAAGAGCUUCAGGCAGAAGAGAACUCUCCUUCGGCAUCAUGCAAUUCACACAGGGGAGAAGCCCUUUAAAUGUUUAGAUUGUGGAAAGAGUUUCUGUUGGAAGACAAACUUAAUUCGUCAUCAAGAAACUCACACCGAGAGAAACCAUUGAAGUGCUUGGAAUGUGGGAAAACCUUCCAUCAGAAGGCACACUUCACUUCUCAUCAAAUCACUUACACCUUGGAGAAUCCAUUCAAAUGCCUGGAGUACGGAAAGAGUUUCAGCUGGGAAAAAAGUCUCAGUUGUCAUCAAUCAGAAUCCAACCAUACAUGGAGAGAGAAAUGCCAGAAUUCCAAGUGGAAUUUAUCUCCCCUCCAUAUCUUUUCAGUAAGAUUUUGUAAGUAAGCCAAUUUUCAGCCUGUAUCAUUUCUCUUCUUUGAAAAGCCUCUUGUGGGGAGACCCAGUUCUGUAGUUUCGUCAUUAUUCUUUUUUUGUAUCUUUUCCAUACAUCUAAUACAGAUCUUCUAAUACAGUGA